CUGUCAGCAUUAUUAUUGCUAGUGCUUGGCAUUAGAAAUGCAGUAAUGCUGCUGCCCUUGGGGCAGGAAAGCUCUAAUGUCAGCACUAUUAUUCCUAGUGGUUAGGAUUAGUAAUGCAGUAAUGCUGCUGCCCUUGGGGCAGGAAAGCUCUACUGUCAGCAUUUUUAUUGCUAGUCCUUUGCAUUAGUAAUGCUGUUUCCCUUGCUUAGUAAUACCCUGGACUUAGUAUCAAAGAUACUGAAGAAAAUGGAGAACAUUUGGAUUGAAGGUGUCAAACGAAGAAUGAAGAAGGUUAAAGAUCCUGAGGUCAUCCAAGAAGUUGUUGUUUUUGAAGAGGAGGAGGAGGAUUUCAUACAUUCCUAUAUCAAUAAGCUAGAAGAGGAAACUCACAGCUAUUUUACAUCUCAUGUCUGUCCUCGCAAGAACUAUUACUAUUACGCAUGUGAGAGAUCAAACAAAGCAACAGGAUAUAGCAAAGGAGAACCAAACAAAACCAGGGCUAAUUCUUGCAGGGCCUAUGUGUCUUUCAGUAUAAUCAAGGAUGCUGGAUUUACAGGUGCUAUUGUGCACAAAAUGCUGAAACACAGUGGGCAUGAUAUUAACAUUCAAGAAGAGGGUGUAAAAAACCGUGUUGACCCAGAACUACUGGCUUUUAUAGAUAUGUGGCUUGAGCAAGGACUAUCGGUCUCAGAAACACUUUUGAAGAGUGUUGAUUGGGCACAGCGCCAUGGACAUACAGAUAGAUGCAAUCGUCGAUACUAUGUUACACCAGAGGAUAUUAGGAUGAUCAAGAAGAGCAUAAAUGCUCUAAUUUUUCCUGAUGUGAAAGACAGUAUCAGUGUGGACAAACUAUGCACAUCAGAGCUAAAGGAGAACAUUUGUUUUUAUCAGCCAUUAAGUGAUGACCAACCACUGAUUAUUGUAGUACAGACACCCUGGCAAAAACAACUACUUAAAGAACAUCCACAUCCCAUGAUGUUUAUGGAUGCCACCUACAAAGGCAUGACCUCAUAUGGCUAUGCAUUUUAUGCAUUGCUUCUGAGAAGCAGGAUUGGAAGAGGAUACCCAUUUGCAUACUUCAUUAUCAGUCAGGAAUCAACAUCUACACUCUCUCUCUGCCUGCAAAAACUUUCAAUUUCUAAUCCUGGCUUUCUUCCUCGGUCAGUGAUGAUUGACAGAGACCUAAAAGAGCUAAAUGCAGUAAGAGAGAUAUUUCCAUCAGCAAAGGUCCUUGUUUGCUGGUUUCACGUGCUGCAGGCUGUGCAUAGGUGGUUGGUGAAACGAGAUGGAGGAAACCUGCCAGUGGCCAAGAGAAACAUGGUGAUUCAAGCAAUGGUGUCAAUGAAGAUGUGUUUAACAGAAGAUGAGUUUGACAACACGUCUGCCACAAAAUGUAAAGAGCUGGAUUCCUACCUUGGAAGUAAACACAUAUCUACUUACCUGAAGAAUCAGUGGAUUUCCUGUGGAGAGCUGUGGUCUAAUUUUGGCAGAUCAUUCAAUCAUGAAAACAGUGAAACCAACAACAAAGCAGAGAGAUUCUUCCUCACGAUGAAAUAUCAAUUCCUGAAAGGGAACACCAACAGAUGGAUUGACCAACUCCUUAAACUGCUCUGUGGUGUUGUUCACAAAUAUUACUGGUAAAUUUACAAAUCGAAAUUUAUAAUUCAUGCAAAUUUUUAAUGUCAUAAAUUAUUUCUUGAUACUAUGACUAUUUCUACUGACUGAUUGCUUGUAAUUGUAAGUUACAUGGAUGACCUGGCAGAAAGCGGACGAAUCAAGGGAGUAGAUGCUGUCAAGUCUGAUUGAGAUGGGGUUGGAUUCAGAUGUUAAAUUUUAAUGAAGAGGGAAUAUGUUUCGUUCCAUCUCAUACAAGCUCUCAGCCUCACUCAGUUGAUUUGGUGAUGGUCAAAUGUGACUGCAGAACAUCCAAAAGUGGUUCUCUUUGUAAACAUAUUGUUUUCUCAAGAACAGUUGCACAGCAACAAGGACUAGUUAUUCAAGACACCAGGAGUGCUCUUGCUAAAAAAAUCAUUGAUUGUCACUCCUAUAACUCAGAUGAUGAAAACCUCACAGUCUUUUACAGUGAUGGGAGUGUAGGAAUUAUAAAUCACAAAGUCCAAAAUUCUGUACCUGUAUAGCAAAUAGUCAUAAUGAAACUUGUGUCUGUAUUUUGGUUCACAGCAUCCUUUAUCCUCCACUGACACCUUGUGAGGUAAUCUCUAAUCAAUCAGAUUGCCAGAAAACAAACAUAAAGCCAAAAGUUGACCUGAACUCCAUGUUAACAGACCUCAUGGAAUGGAGCCAAUCAGAGAAGUACACUGAAAAUAAGGAGCUUUACAAGAUGGUAGAGAGGGCAUACAAACUAGUUUUUUCACGUUUUAAUAUUCGGUCAAGAAAAAGAAAAAUAACUGUACUGCACGCCUAUCGCCAACGAUUAAAAAAGGCGAAACAUGUACUCACCAUGAAUUACCCUACUAGGCGAAAAAGAAGGAAAAUGCUGCAAAAAUAAAAACUGACAAAUCAUUCAUUAUUAGAAUUCUUUUUAAAAAUAAUUUUAGGUGCUUUGAAUAUUAAUGUGCUUUGUGAGUACUUUACAGUGAGUGGUGCACAUACAUGAAAACUACAUUCUCCAGUACUUUUGAGAUCUACACAAAGCAUAAAUUAUAUUAAUACAGUAGUAAGAUAACAUCAUUGUAAUGUUUUAGAAUUCUUCCUUGGCAUCAUACAUGGCAUGUAAAAUGUAAAACUUCUGAUACAAAUCUUCUUAAAUCUAUAAAUUUAUAAACCACUUGCUUCUUAUUUGUAUAUAA